AUGAUAAGAGAAUUAGGAAAUUUAUCCUAUGAGGUUCAAGGCAGUCAAGAACAAAACCAAGCUAAUCGACUUUCUCAUUGUGCUCAGUAUGAACUAAAAGGAUUUAAUAAAUUAAAAGGAGAGAUUGAUGAAAAAGAGAGAGUUAUUUGUCACAACAUUUUAAGGUAUAUUUUUAAUAGCUAUAAUGAAAUUAGCGAUGAAUUAUGA